GUUAGGCUGGGCAAAGAUUAUAUAAGUGCAUGUACAUCUAGAUAUCAAUACAUAUAAUCAGGUGCUCUUAAAUCUCUCGGGUUUGGUGCCAGUCCCUGUGUUGCACAGCAUGUCAAACCAAGCUAAGAACAGGGCUCUCAUCAUUGUCAAUUACGAUUUCUAUAGAACUAAAUCCCACGAGAAGCUUCCGUCAAGACCUGGGGCUAGGAGAGAAGCAGAGCGGCUUAUUAAAGCACUAUCCAGGUGCAAUUAUGCUGUGAAACUACGCUAUGAUUUGACAGCUAAGGAAAUGGAAGAACUGUAUGAGGAAGAAUGCAAUGCAGAUCACGGGGACUGCUUUGUGAGCAUUAUUUCCAGCCAUGGACAGGAAGGCAGUGUGUUUGACUGUGAAGGACAACCAGUUGAACUUAUACAGAUUUUCCAGGCAUUAUCACCCCAAAGAUGUCAUAAACUAAUGGGAAAGCCCAAAAUUUUCUUCAUACAGGCCUGUCGUGGAGACAACAUUGAUUAUGGCAUUGAUUAUGGCACAGACCUCCAGACAGAUAGUAGUGAACCAGAGGUUGACUGUUUCUCACACUAUCUCUCCAUCCCUGAAAAUACUGCAGUCAUGUUUUCAUGUAGUCCAGGCUAUGCUUCUUUCAUCAACCGAUGGGAAUCCAUGUUCCUCAAAGCCUUACUGGAGCUGCUAGAAGGAGAGGAACGUCAUCUUGAAGUUGCUCGUUUGAUGACCCGAAUUAGCUGGAGAGUUGCCUUCUUUUUUGAAGCAAGAGGAGAACAUGCUGGGGGCAGAGAGAUGCCCUGCUUUGUCACCAACAUGCUGGAGGAGGUUUACCCUUUUUCCUCAUCAGGUAGACAAGACUCAGGAAUCAGGGAAUAGUAGAAUAAGGAUAAAUCAUAUUUCAAAGUCGUCUGAGUUCUGCACAUGACAAGGACCAGCUCACCAUGAGAAAUACAUUAUUUUCAUCAACUGAGUAAUGGCAGCCUACUCUCUCUCUCCUCCAAAGGAUUAAUGGUGAAUAAGUGAACAAACACAGCUAAUAUUUAUUUAGCUUGGACCUUGAUCUCACUGGAUUGGAUUGAGACUUACUUAUACCUCAUACUUUGCCCUUGCCCAGCCCUGGAUCUCAAUUUUAAUAUAAGCUCCUUGGUGUGCCAAUUUCUCUUCUGGUGUAGACCAACAGAAUGGGGUGACGCCAACCCUAGUGACGCCACUGUGUACAUGCAUGAAAAAGUAAGGAACAACCAUGCAACUCAUUCCGUGUAAUAUGGGCUCCAAUUCUAAUAGCAGUCAGCAUUGUCCACCGUUUUCACAUAGUAACAGAUGGCAAGAUUUACUUACUAAUUGCUAAGUACUGUAACUAAUUGAGGUGAUUUCAAAAUAUGUGUUUUUCAUGUUCCUUGCGGUGCAGAUUUUAUGCAUCUUGUGUUUCUCUCUAUGUUCUGUUUUGCUUUUAAUUUUUGUUAACUGUAAAAAGUUUAAUAAAUUAUUUUAUUUUAAAAAAUAGGAGUAGAGGUGGGCGGGCAUCAGGCUUG